CAACUCACUCUUCUCAAAUCCCCAAAUUCAUAAACCCUAGAAAACUGUAAACCAAAGAUCGAAGAUGGCAGCCGCAGGUGUGACGGAAUUCCUGCCCAAGGAGUACGGGUACGUGGCUCUGACACUGGUGGGCUACUGCAUUCUGAACAUUUGGAUGUCGAUCCAGGUCGUCAAGGCUCGCAAGAAGUACAAUGUCCCUUACCCGACUCUCUACGCCGUCGAGUCGGAGAACAAGCAGGCCUCCCUCUUCAACUGCGUUCAGAGAGGGCACCAGAAUUCGCUGGAGAUGAUGCCGGUGUUCUUUAUGCUGAUGGUGUUGGGCGGACUGAGGCACCCCUGCAUCGCCGCCGCUCUCGGCGCUUUCUUCAUCUUCACCCGCUACUUCUAUUUCUCCGGCUACGCCACCGGCGAUCCCAAGAAGCGUCUCACCAUCGGUAAAUACGGGUUCUUGUGUAUCUUCGGGCUGAUGGGCUGCACCAUUUCCCUCGGCAUCACUCUCCUACGAGCAUAGAGAUUUUGAUUGCUGUUCAUGGGUGUACUCUCGUAGUAUCUAAAACUAUGUAUCUUUGUUCUCCUGGUUUUACUAAUUGACAGCCUUGUUUCGAGUACGUCAUGAAAUGCGACUUGAGUUUGAGUACUUGCUGUUUCCUACAUAGCUUUCUGUCCA